GAAAAUAGAGUCCACGCCCACGCCACACCCGCGCUCAUCAACAUCUGCAAGGGCGUCGAGCGGGACACACCCAUUUCUUACCUGGAUCCUAUCCUGGAGAGGUACUUGAAACUGUGCAGUCUUGCGAGGUUGUCUGAGGUGCGGAUGGGACGAGCGGGAGGAGUUGAUGCGCACGAGCAGAUGAUUAGGACGUUGGUUAUAGUUGCAGAUGCGAGUGAAAAUACAUUUGCGAAGGUGAACUUUCUUCCCUUCUUGGUGUCGUUGGGGUGUUUCGGAUUAGGACUUGUGCUGACGUUGGCUUGGUUUACUCUUUUCUGUGGCGUGUGGUGA